AUGCAUUGGAAACAUUUGGUUUCACAACAUGCCAUUAUUAGACGUUCUCUAUCUGAUUGUUGGAAAUUAUUCAUUUCCUCAAAGAGACAGAAUAAAUUGGUUGAGUACAUAAUCUUGUACAAUGCAUUUUCUCUGCUCAAGGCAAAGGCUGAACAUAUCAGAGCCAUGAGAAUGCUUCUGCAUUUGAGUGUUCUAGCUCUUGGAGCUGCCUACAUUUGUGCCAGUGCUGUAGAAAGUCCCAUGAAUACAUUGGUGGCAGAGACUUUGCAACUGCUCUCCACUCAUCGGACUCGGCUGAUAGAUGAUGGGAGCCUGAUGAUUCCUACUCCUGGACAUAAAAAUCACCAACUAUGCAUUGAAGAAGUUUUUCAGGGGAUAGACAUAUUGAAGAAUCAAACUGCACAAGGGGAUGCCGUGGAAAAACUAUUCCAAAACUUGUCUUUAAUAAAAGAACACAUAGACCGCCAAAAAAAACAGUGUGGAGGAGAACGACGGAGAGUAAAAAAAUUUCUAGACUACCUGCAAACAUUUCUUCGUGUAAUAAACACUGAGUGGACAACGGAAAGUUUAGACUGA